UAUCAUACAGCAAUUGCCGUCCGUCAUAACUCUCAAGUCCUUCUAGUCAUAACCACUAAACCACGUUAAUUGGAUGCUGGAGGUGUCGUUCGGAUCGUAAUAACCCUUCGUCCGCCUUAACUCAACUAUUUGAACAAGCAAGUUGCAAUCGACCGUUCACUUCGUCGUUCGUGUCCUACCUGUCCGUGAGCGCGGAUCGUCAUUGAUCACACGUUGUGCGAAAACAUGAGUGUCGACAUGGUGGAAGACGGCCAGGAUGAGGAGAAUUCGGCAUACGGUGGCUGUGAGGGUCCGGAUGCCAUGUAUGUCAAGCUGAUAUCAAGCGAUGGGCACGAGUUUAUCGUCAAGCGGGAGCAUGCCUUGAUGUCAGGUACAAUUAAAGCCAUGUUGAGUGGCCCCGGCCAGUUUUCAGAAAAUGAAACAAAUGAAAUCCACUUCAGGGAGAUACCAUCUCACGUUUUACAAAAGGUCUGCAUGUACUUUACAUACAAAGCUCGUUACACAAACAGCUCAACCGAGAUUCCGGAGUUCCCUAUUCCACCACAAAUCGCUUUGGAACUUCUGAUGGCAGCCAACUUUUUGGACUGUUAAUGAUGAAUAAAGGAAAACAAUGUUUAAAAAUUAUUACAAUUUCAGAAUUUAAACUAUUCAAGAUUUAAAAACAUUCUUGUCCUCAUAAAUUUGAUAAUUUACACAUUAUUGGAAUGGUAAAUAAUAAUUUAUUGUAACCAUAAAUUAUAAUGUGGGCACAUAUUUAUAUAAACUAGUAUUUUAUCAAUGAUUUCUUUGUUCAUUUGUUUGAUUAAUUGAUUAUUAUUAUACAUACCUAUUUUAUAUUAAAAAAAAAAAUAAUAUAUAUACACAACUAUAUUCAA